AUGGUAUUGGAUCGAGUAGACUAUGUAAAUGAGGCAUUACGCCAACUAACUGAUCACAGCACAUAUUCCAUUGUGGACCAAAAUCCCACAAAACGCUUUCAAUAUGAGCUUGGGCAGAUGUUGGACGAUGGGGUAGAAUUAGGUGAGUUAACAAAAAGCAAUAAUCCUAAUCAUGAUCAGAGUGCAGAUGAUUCUUUAACUCUUCUUCAACAUCAAAGAAGCCAAGUGGGAAAUGUAUGUUCUGAAUGUGGGAAAUGUUUUCUCAAGAAAUCACAUCUUUUUAGACAUCUGAAAAUUCAUAAAGGAGAAAAUCAAUUUUCCUGUUCUAUAUGUGGAAGAUGUUUUAACCGUAAAGGAAAUCUUGUUGUUCAUCAGAAAAUUCAUACAGGAGAAAAAGGAUUUUCAUGUUCUGACUGUGGGAAAUGUUUUACUCGGAAGUCGUAUCUUAUUGUCCAUCAGAAAUUUCAUACAGGAGAGAAAGGAUUUUCAUGUUCUGACUGUGGGAAAUGUUUUACUGUGAAAUCAACUCUUAUUACACAUCAAAAAAUUCAUACAGGAGAGAAAGCAUUUUCAUGUUCUGACUGUGGGAAAUGUUUUGCUGUGAAAUCAACUCUUGUUACGCAUCAGAAAAUUCAUACAGGAGAGAAAGCAUUUUCAUGUUCUGACUGUGGGAAAUGUUUUACUGCGAAAUCAACUCUUGUUAAGCAUCAGAAAAUUCAUACAGGAGAGAGAGCAUUUUCAUGUUCUGAAUGUGGGAAAUGUUUUACUCAGAAACAACAUCUUAUUAGUCAUCAGAAAAUUCACACAAGGGAGAAAGCAUUUUCAUGUUCUGAAUGUGGGAUAUAUUUUACUCUAAAGUCAAAUCUUAUCAAGCAUCAGAAAAUUCAUAGAGGGGAGAAAUCAUUUUUAUGUUCUGAAUGUGGGAAAUGUUUUACUCUGAACGCACAUCUUAUUAAACAUCAGAAAAUUCAUACAGGAGAGAAAGUAUUUUCAUGUUCUGAAUGUGAGAAAUGUUUUAUUAAGAAAUCGUGUCUUACUAGACAUCAGAAAAUUCUUUCAGGAGAGAAAGCUUUUUCAUGUUCUGAAUGCGGGAAAUGUUUUACUUGGAAAUCCUCUCUUAUUGAUCAUCUGAAAAUUCAUACAGGUGAGAAAGCUUUUUCAUGUUCUGAAUGUGGUAAAUAUUUUGCUCUGAAAUCAAAUCUUAUUGGCCAUCAGAAAAUUCAUUCAGGAGAGAAUGCUUUUUCAUGUUCUGAUUGUGGGAAGUGUUUUAUUAAGAAAUCUUCUCUUACUAGACAUCAGAAAAGUCAUACAGGAGAGAAAACAUUUUCAUGUUCGGAAUGUGGGAAAUGUUUUGGGUGGAAAUCAAAUCUUACUACACAUCAGAAAAUUCAUACAGGAGAGAAAGUAUUUUCAUGUUCUGAAUGUGGGAAAUGUUUUAUUGAGAUAUCUUCUCUUACUAGACAUCAGAAAAUUCAUACAGGAGAGAAAGCUUUUUCAUGUUCUGAAUGUGGGAAAUAUUUUGCUCUGAAAUCAAAUCUUAUUGGCCAUCAGAAAAUUCAUUCAGGAGAGAAAGCAUUUUCAUGUUCUGAAUGCGGGAAAUGUUUUACUUGGAAAUCCUCUCUUAUUGAUCAUCUCAAAAUUCAUACAGGAGAGAAAGCUUUUUCAUGUUCUGAAUGUGGGAAGAGUUUUACUCAGAAACCACAUCUUAUUGGCCAUCAGAAAAUUCACACAGGAGAGAAAGCAUUUUCAUGUUCUGAAUGUGGUAAAUAUUUUGCUCUGAAAUCAAAUCUUAUUGGCCAUCAGAAAAUUCAUUCAGGAGAGAAAGCUUUUUCAUGUUCUGAAUGUGGGAAGUGUUUUACUCAGAAACCACAUCUUAUUGGCCAUCAGAAAAUUCACACAGGAGAGAAAGCAUUUUCAUGUUCUGAAUGUGGGAAGUGUUUUAUUCGGAAAUCACAUCUUAUUGGCCAUCAGAAAAUU